UAGAUUUGGAAAAAAGACACGCUCUGUGACAAAGGCAGAGAUUUGAGUAAAAGCUGCGGCGGACCCUGAAGAAAUAGGAGGGGCCUAGCUCAUGUCAGAAAUGUCAAUCAGGCCAUCAACUCCGAAUAAUCUCUACGAAUCUGUUAGGACCUGACCUGGGCACCCGCAGAUCAAUAGCAAGUUGAGAGAGCGAUCGGAUCGGUUACAGUGUGUCUGCAUGUGGAAACGUAUACUUCCAGCUGGGUCUGUAGCGUUAAAGGUGGCUACUCCGGCUCUUUCCGCACCGCGAUUUCUCCCGCACUAGUCACUGGCCAUGUCUUUCCCACAACUGGGAUAUCAGUACAUUGCUGCUACUAGGCCACUUUACCCCGAUCGUCAGGGUCUAUCAUCUUCCAGGGCUGGGAGCGAUCUCACGGCGUCCGGAGCUGCCUCCACUGUCCUCACCAUGUACGGCUCCCCUUAUGCCGCCCAAGGAUACGGCGCCUUCUUGCCUUAUGCAGCCGAUCUACCCCUGUUUCCUCAACUGGGUGCCCAGUAUGAACUGAAGGAGAGCCCAGGAGUACAGCAUCCUGCUUUCCCGCACCACCACGCCGCCUAUUACCCUUACGGCCAGUACCAGUUCGGGGACCCGUCCAGGCCGAAAAAUGCCACCAGGGAAAGUACCAGCACUUUGAAAGCUUGGCUGAACGAGCACCGCAAAAACCCGUACCCGACCAAAGGAGAGAAGAUCAUGCUGGCCAUUAUCACCAAAAUGACCCUGACCCAAGUGUCGACGUGGUUCGCCAACGCCAGGAGGAGGCUGAAAAAGGAGAACAAAAUGACUUGGACUCCCAGGAACAGGACGGACGAGGAGGGCAAUUCGUACGGAAGCGAGCCAGACCUGGAAGGGGAGAAAAAGGAGGAGGACGAGGAGAUCGAUUUGGAGAAUAUUGACACGGAGAAUAUUGAAAGCAAAGAGGACGAGGACGAGCAAGACCCGGACUUCAACUUGGACUGCAAACUGGAUGGCAGAAGUGACUCAGAAAUCUCGGACACUUUCGACGAGUUGAACGGCCCGGAGGCCGGCUUUCUGAAAUCGGUGGUAGAAGACAGCAGAGUGAGCGAAGACAAACGGGGUGACCUGUCCCCGCAGAUCUCCGGGCAGGUCAGCGGCGAUCCGACCAAAAACAACAGCGAGAGGAAAAGUCCGGUGUCGCCUGCACCCGAGAACAGCCUGUCGGUGAACCAGAAACCUAAAAUCUGGUCUCUGGCUGAGACGGCCACGACGCCAGACAAUCCUCGCAAAUCUCCCCAGAUCAGUAACCCUCCCGCCGGCUCCGCUGCUGCCUCCUCUCUCCUGGGCCAGCACAGACUUUUCGCCUGCCCCAUGGGCAAAUUUCAGAACUGGACAAACCGCACCUAUUCUCACCACCCGCUGGCUUUAAUUAAUUCCAAUCAUUUCCUUGGACUUAGUACAGGCCAAGCUGUUCCGACUGCCGGGGUUCCCGCAUUUUGCACAGUCAGGGGAGGCGAGGAACGGGCGCAGUCUGCAGAACCCACGGUAACAGAUCGAAGCAGUGCCUUGGAAAUAGAGAAAAAAAUAGUAAAGACAGCUUUCCAACCAGUUCCGAGACGACCCCAGAAUCAACUCGAUGCAGCCAUGGUUUUGUCGGCGCUUUCAUCCGCAUAGUCACUUAUGGCAUUUUUUUUAAAAAAAGAACUUUAUUUUGUAACCAUUUUCUUGUUAAAUGGAAUGUAAAAAUAAUUUUUUCCCUGUAUAGUUUAACCUGUAAGCAUGUAUGUGUACUAAACUGAACCGGUAAUGUAAUACUAGCCGACAAGGCGUGUAUCAAUUAGUUGCAUUUGUGAGAUAAAAGUGAACCCAGUUUUUUUUUGUAAGUCCAGUGAGAAUUAGUUAUCACCUGGUGUUCGAGAUGUUUUGUAUAUACUGCAAACAAAAAAUGUACAUACGUGUGAACGAAAUUGUACAAGAAAGUAUAUAUUUUUGGCUAAUAAAUGAACAGUUACGACUUUAA